AGAGGAAGUCAGACCACACUUUCUCUUUUAUCUUCAUGCUCUCUCUCUCUCGACUUCACCUCCCAAUUUCUUUCCUCAAAAAACCUUGGGAGGAAAGAGCAAAGGCUCGAUUCAGCUGCAGCUGAGCUCAUAGGGAAUGGCAACCUGUGCAGUCUAUACCACUCCAUCCCUCCACUCAUGUUCUAUCACCAGCCCAGCAAAGACUUCAUUGGGCUUCCACCAAAGGCAGGUCAUCUUCUUCACUAGCAGGAGAAUUACCAAGAGAGGAGGGAGGAGUACCUCAGAGGUCACGUGCUCUGCUGAGGCUAAGACGGUGGUGAUAGGGCUGGCAGCAGACUCGGGCUGCGGGAAGAGCACCUUCAUGAGGAGGCUGACGAGUGUGUUCGGAGGUGCAGCUGAGCCACCCAAGGGAGGAAACCCAGACUCCAACACAUUGAUCAGUGACACCACCACUGUCAUAUGCCUGGAUGACUACCACUCCUUGGACAGAACCGGGAGGAAGGAGAAGGGUGUCACUGCUCUGGACCCGAGGGCCAACAACUUCGACCUCAUGUAUGAGCAGGUGAAGGCUCUCAAGGAUGGAGUUGCCGUUGACAAGCCCAUCUACAACCAUGUCACCGGCUUGUUGGACCCCCCUGAGCUCAUCCGGCCACCCAAGAUUCUGGUCAUCGAAGGUCUGCACCCCAUGUUUGAUCCCCGUGUGAGGGAACUGUUGGACUUCAGCAUCUACUUGGACAUCAGCGAUGAGGUCAAAUUCGCAUGGAAGAUUCAAAGAGACAUGGCGGAACGCGGGCACAGUCUCGAGAGCAUCAAAGCCAGCAUCGAAGCUCGAAAGCCCGACUUCGAUGCAUACAUCGACCCGCAGAAGCAGCACGCCGAUGCCGUCGUCGAGGUUCUCCCGACGCAGUUGAUUCCCGACGACAACGAAGGCAAGGUGUUGCGGGUGAGGUUGAUCAUGAAGGAAGGGUUGAAGCACUUCAGCCCGGUCUACCUGUUCGACGAAGGCUCCACCAUCUCUUGGAUCCCAUGCGGGAGGAAGCUCACCUGCUCGUACCCUGGCAUCAAGUUCGCUUACGCCCCGGACACCUACUACUCCAAUGAGGUCUCGGUGUUGGAGAUGGACGGACAAUUCGACAGGUUAGAUGAGCUGAUCUAUGUGGAGAGCCAUUUGAGCAACCUCUCCACCAAGUUCUAUGGGGAGGUGACGCAGCAGAUGCUGAAGCACUCCGACUUCCCCGGCAGCAACAACGGGACCGGUCUGUUUCAGACGAUCGUCGGGUUGAAGAUCAGGGAUUUAUUCGAGCAGAUUGUUGCCGAGAGGGCAGCUGCUGUUGCUGAGGCAGCCAAAGUCUGAGACUGCACUACUCCCUUACCAAAGCAGUCAUCGUCUUCUUCCGUGCCUCUUUGCAUGUUUAUUCUCCUACACUUGUACGCACUCAUGCGAUGAUUUUACUUGGAAUAGCAACGCAAUGCAGGAGAGGUGAAGAGAAAACGUGAUCUCCAUCAA